AUGAUGCUAAUCCAUCCAGUCCACGUAACUCCCGCGAUAUUUUUUCAACGACGACUUUCACCAUCAUCAUCAUCAUCAUAUCUGAUUCUGAUUCUGAAUCAGUUGCUGUACGCCAUGGAAGCCCUAAUCAGCUCAUCUUCUGCUACGAUCACGUCAUCCUCUUCUACCUUUUCCAUUUUCUCUCCCAGAAAGACUCUCCCUCUGCGACCUGUUCAGCUCCCUCUCGCCUCCAAAGGAAAUGAGAACGAAUCCAAUCCAAGUUCGGAUUCCAAAGACAUAAAAAACCUUCCAGUUCUUAGAAAUCGCCAUCUCUCCCUCUCACCACUCUCCAAGGAUGCGGCAAUGGGACUGGUUAUGAGUGCGGCGACAGGACGAGGGUGGACUACAGGUUCUGGAAUGGAAGGGCCUCCUGCUCCUGCUGGGAUUCACACCCACUCAAGCACAGAGAAUGUCUCCACUUUUCCCUGGUCUCUCUUCACUAAAUCGCCUCGCCGUAGGAUGCUUGUAGCUUUCACUUGUAACAUUUGUGGGCAGCGGACAACGCGGGCAAUUAACCCCCAUGCAUACACCGAUGGAACUGUCUUUGUGCAGUGUUGUGGAUGCAAUGCAUUUCAUAAGCUCGUGGAUAAUUUGAACCUGUUUCAUGAGAUGAAGUGCUAUGUGAGCCCAGGUUUUAAUUACAAAGGUAAUGGAUGGGAUGCUGUUAACUUCAAAUAUCUGGAAAUGGAUGAUGAUGAUGAGGAUGGCAUGUUUCCCAUCCAAUGA